GUCUGCCAGAAGCCACUUCAUGGCUUCAUUAGCAGAUUUAGUGAAGCCAGCGCGGCGGACGAGGUGUCUGCGCUUGAGGACGAACUGUUUGGAAAGAAAAGGGAAAGUUAGUGUGGAGGUCGGCGACACCACGAAACUCUGUGUGCAUCCCUGGACAGAACCGCUUCCUAGCGUUCUGUUGCCUAUGACUGCUGUACUUGGUUUUCCUUCCUGAGGAGCGUUACGGUUUCGUUGAGGAGCGGCCUAAACUGGUGUGCUUGUCCAGUGCUUCGUUCUGGGUGGAGUUGUGACACGAUAUGGGAAAUCUGUAUGAAGUGCUGCUCGUUUCGUUAGCGUUGACCAGUGUUGUGCUUGCACAAGAUGGCAAUGGCGGUGAACCAGCAGACAAUCUGCCUGACGGUUUCUGUGAGGACCCCGGAGUUCCUGAGAACGGCUUUCGGAUAGGCAACGACCUGUCACGCGGAGGUUCUGGAGUUUUCUUCAUUUGCAACAAUGGUUUCACGAUAUCCGGAAAUGAGCGUAGUAUGUGCCGCUUAGAUGGAACAUGGACAACGCCAGUGCCGCUAUGCGUUGGCGGUGCGGUCAUUCAGCCCACAGUAUCACCGCCAUGCAGAGUGCAGAACUAUGGCUCCCCACCAAGCGGCAUGAUGCGGCGCAUAGACAACUUCAUCCUCUAUGACUGCGAUUUCAACCAUCGCCUGUUGGGCGCGCGCAAUGUUUCCUGCUUUGAAUCAUCCCCCAGGCUUCCUCGAUGUGUGUGGAUACAGGCUAACCCCUGUCAGAUAGGUAAUGGAGGCUGUGAUCAGUUGUGCCUCAAUGAAGGCGGUCUGCCACUGUGCAAGUGUAACCCUCCGCUGACCAUACGACCCGAGUCUGGAAGUGAAUGUGAAUCCUGUCCAUGUGAGUGCCCCGACCACGCAGUGGAUGUAGUGAUUGUGCUGGAUGAGGGCAGUAUCAACUUGGCCGUUCGUCGCUGGCUCUUCGAUCUCAUUGGACACCUUGAGCAGGAGCUGGUUCAGAACGGCUAUGGUACCGCUCAGUCGUGUGGAAAUCUGUACGGAAUGGUGGCAUACGGCGGUGACAAAUCUCCUGAGAAUGAGAAAGGACGCUUGAUUCUGUCCCUUCAAGGUGCAGCCAUGUCGAACUGGACCAACUUCUUGGAUGUGCUAGGUAACAUCGCAUCUGAACCAAUCUCCGUGGGACGGUCCGAUGGGUACGCGGCCAUUAAGCAUGGUCUAGACCGCUUGCCGAGGCGGACAGGUUGCUCCAGUGUCAACACGCUCAUGCUACACCUGUCACUGCGCGACCGAGUCAUCCUGGAUGCCGAGUGCAGCAAGGACCUGUUGCAGCAGCGCUUGCGCUUCGAAGACAUUGUACUCCAGAGCUUCGUGCAGAACCAGUUCAGCUCAUCCUCACAACCAGCCUUCGGUGUGUACCAAAAUGGAGCGGAGACCCUAGUGGCGUACAUGCCUUCUCAGCGAGCCUUCUACGGUCGGCGAAACACCAGUGUUGUCGUCGGAGAUGGGUUUGGCAAGACCGUAGAGGACUACGUCUCUCUGACAUUGGAGUCCGGUGGUGGUGUGUACAAUGGCCGCUUUGCCUCCAUACCCGCAGCCACUCGUCCACUGGCGGUUGCGAUUGUGGAUGACUCCAUUCGUGGAUUAGGACAGAGACUGGCCUGCAGUGAAGGCGAUGCUUGCAGAAGCUCACCGUGUGCAAACGGUGGUACAUGCACCAGUGGAUUAUCCGGAUAUGAAUGUUUGUGUGCUGGGGCAUUCUCAGGUGAUCGGUGUCAGUUUGGUGUGUGCUCCAACAACCCAUGUAGUGGCAAUGGGCGUUGUAGUGUGGCGGAGAACGGUGCUGCUGUUUGCCAGUGCUUUGGUGGCUACUCGGGAGAAACGUGUGGGGUUCGAAAUGCAGAUAUCUGUGCCAUAUUGGAUUGCCAGAAUGGCGGAACUUGCCAAGUGGCCGCGUCGGGUAAUCCUCGUUGUGACUGUCCGCCUGGCCUCACAGGACCACGGUGUAUGCAAGCCGACGAGUCCUGUGCUGUGUCCAACCCAUGCGUGAAUGGCGGUCGAUGUAUUGACACCGUCGAAGGCAUUCAGUGCAAUUGCCCUGAUCGUUUCAGAGGAAGUCGCUGUGAGAGAGAUCUCUGCAGUGCUGUCACCUGCUACAACAGAGGUGCUUGCGCAGUGGUGCAGCGCUCAGCACGAUGUGUAUGUGUUCCUGGAUUCAUGGGACCGCAGUGUUUGCAAACCACCCGUGACCGGUGUACCCCUAACCCAUGCCAGAAUGCAGGCAGAUGCUCCAACUCUCCCACAAGUUUCCAGUGUGACUGCCCGCGUCGCUACGGAGGCAAUGCUUGCGAGACCGAUGCCUGUCGCCCGAUCACAUCCGGAAAUGAAGGCUAUUGUGAACAAGCUCUCUGUCGGGAACUGUCAUGUCGCAAUGCCGCAACGUGCCGCAUUGUCUCCGGAGAGGCCCGUUGCUUCUGUGCGUCUGGCUUCAGAGGACCAACCUGCUCAGACAGAAUAGAACAGUGCUCGCCUAGCUCCUGUCUCAACGGUGGCACAUGCACCAACACUGCAAGUGGCUUUUCCUGCAACUGCUUACCACGCUUUGGCAGCGACCGUUGUCAGGCAGAUUUCUGUGAGGGUCUCCUCUGCCAGAACGGUGGACAGUGUGAAGUGCUGUCGGGAGGAUCAACACGCUGCAGGUGCCCAGCGGGAGUGUCGGGAUCACUGUGCCAACAAGUGUUGUCCACAUGUGCGACGCUACCUUGUCGGAAUAGGGCAACGUGCGUGCCAGUCCCGACCGGCUUUGCUUGCCUCUGCCGGCCAGGCUACUAUGGGCAGCUGUGCGAGAGCUUCUCAUCUUGUGAACUGGCCGGUGGUUGUGCUGACAUUGCCUUUGUCAUUGACGAGUCUAAAAGUUCCCGAACCCUUCAAGACUGGCUGCCUCAGCUCAUCACAUCGCUGGAACGCCGAAUGAUGGCCUCACAGCUUGGGAUGUCCUCCGUUUGCCGAAACCGCUAUGGAAUCGUCGGAUUUGGUCGGCGUGUGCCGCAGGAAAAUGCCAGAAUCUACUCAACAAUCAGUGGCGAGAACAUGAUGAGCGCGGAGGAAGCAUCGACCCUGGCACUGGAACUGACUUCAGAUGACGAGGGACGGCUCGAGGAUGGCUACGAAGCACUUACCGUGGCCAUCGACAAUCUUAGCUACAGGAAUCUUGGCAAGGUGGAGAAGUUCAUUGUGUUUGCAUCGGAUGAAGAUCGUGAUGUGUUUGGAACAGGCCGUCGUAUCACUCGCCAACAAGUCAUCUCCAAGCUGCAACAGGGCGGAUUCUCUCUGUACGCAGUUGUGGAUAACCGGCUGACGACGCAGCGUACAAACGGCCUACCUGCCCUGGGAGUGACGUCAUCCGGCCCGUGGUACACCACCGGUGGUUGCAAUGUCAACCAGGCCAACACGCUGGGAUUCCUGACCAACGGCUUCUCAGAGACUAUCAGAGACUAUGCCACGCUCGCCAUGGAAGUCGGCGGAGGAACAUUCGACAUCCGACACCUUGGCACAACCCCGGAUAGCAACACGUGCGCCCUAACUAGCUCAUUGGAGCAGGCUAUUGUAGCCGAUGCUUGCCGUGUAGAAAAGCUACCUGUCAGGGCAGUUGUAGAUCAGGCGAGUUCUCAAGUGAGUGCGUCUCCAGGUCAAUGCACCGAUACUGUGUUCAUUGUGGACGAAUCUCGAGCUAUGGGCACUGAACACCGCUGGCUGCCCACGCUAGUAAGGCGACUGGAAGAAGAGCUCAACAUGCGUGGGUUUGGCCGGCCGGGUGUGGAUGCAUGUCGCAACCACUAUGCCGCUGUCGGAUUUGCCCGCUCAGCACCCAACGAGCACGGACAUCUGAUACAGAACAGUCGUGGAGAGCAUCUUGUCACCGUUGAAGAUUUCCCAGAGCUGGCAUCGUUUAUACGCGAAGAUAGACUGGGCCGCACGGAGGAUGGCUACGAGGCGAUCAAAUUUGCACUGGACAAUGUGAAUUUAAGACAGUACACAUCCAGAUCAAUGUUCCAUACCGGCAUGGUUCUGAUCUCUGAUGAGGACCGGGACAACACACCACAAGGGACAGAUGUCACGUUCGAAUCACUUCAGCAGCAACUGCAACAGCUAGGCAUAAGCCUGCAUGUCAUCGUCGAUCAAACAUUCACCUUCGGUCAAGUCGGUGCACUGGGCACUGAUCGUCAAGGACAGCGCUCCUAUCUGCCAGCCCUUGCGGACGAGAACGUACCCUGCCAGGCCAUGUCCGUAUUUGGCACCAUGACGUUUGGGCGUGGAUUCUCUCGGACAAAUGAGCACUACACGAGGCUGGCAAUGUCUCUGGGUGGUUCUGCUUGGAACGAUAACAUGCUGAAGAACGAGCAGUCAUCCCUGUCUCUGUGCACAAUGGCGAAAUCUGUGUCCAGGGCUGUUGUGGACUCAAUCAGACAGAAGCAAGUACCAGGAACCAUUCCAAGAUGUGUCGAUACUGUACUGGUGGUGGAUGUGUCUCGAAACACGGAGAGAGAACACACUUGGAUGCGCCAGGCACUGCCGCACAUUCACACCUGGCUGCAGGCUAACGGCUAUGGCGAUGACGACACUUGCCAGAACCACUACGGUGUUGUGGUGUUUGGUCAGACUGGCUCCAACGUCAACGGCGUGAUUCUGUUCAACACUGCUGGCAAGGCCAUGGUUACGAUGAACGAGUUCUCCGAGAUCUCGGAUCAGGUGCAGGCAGACCGUGAUGGAUCCAUCGAAGAUGGCUACGAGGCUCUGCAUGUUGCACUUGUGGACCUUCCAUUACGCCGCGAUGCCAAUGUUUUCAGGCAGGUGGUGCUUAUCAGCGACGAAGACCGAGAUGUGUCGGCACGCGGCCGAGACUACUCCAAAGAAACCAUAUCUUCACUGCUGGCCAAUGCCGGAUUUCAUGCCAUUGUUGACAACUCAAUGCUGGCUAAUGGAAAUCCGGCACUCGGUGUGGCACUUGAACCUCGGCACGGGUUUUACUCCAUGCCAAAUGACUGGUUCACCGGCACAACACAGGGUGUCGUUGUCCAGCGAGGCUAUGCCAGGACAAAUGAGCACUACGUGCAGCUCGCUAUCGACCUUAGAGGCUCUGCGUGGGACGUGAAGCAGUUCCGGCAGCCGACCGAGAAUGAAUCCGCUGCCAAUGCGCUUGCCUUCAGCAUGGUCUAUCGGCUUAACGAGCUAAUGGCAACAAGAGAUUUGACUGAACCAACACAAACCGACCCUCCACCUGCGCAGUGUUGGUUUGGAUCCCAAUGCAACCUAUGUGAGCCACAGUACGUUGGUACGGUCCUUGGUGAACAGAUCUGCUGCUCCGAAUGUGCUCGUGGCUACGCUAACAUCACUGAAAAUCAAGGCUGCAACUGCAUAGCAGAGGAUGUUGGUUGUGCUGAUAUUCUUGUGGUGAUGGACGAAUCCAAGAACACAAUGAUAGAGCAUCGCUGGCUGCCACAGCUAGUGGAAUAUCUCGAGCAGCAACUACUGGCACGGCGCAUUGGCGACACGAGACGAUACCGGCAGUGCCCUAACCUCUACUCCUUGGUCGGCUUCGGACGCCGAGAUGUCGUACCGCAUAUCUUUCGCGACGCCCGUGCCCUGGACUCGGUCAGUGCACGUGAUUUCAUCGUUCUGGCGUCGUCGCUGGCAUCGGAUCCAAAUGGUUUUGUUGAAGACGGCUACCAUGCCUUGGACUACGCUCUAGAAAGGACGAUGUGGCGUAUGCAGCGUGGUGUCAAUGGACCGCCGGUCACAAGGGUUAUUCUGCUGGUGACCGACGAGGACUGGGACCAGACGGGUCCGUCGAGAACACUGAGUACCACCGUGAUGAACUCCAUCCUGCGACGCAGCGGUGCCCGGUUACACGCCGUCGUGGACCAGCGCAUCACCGCCACUGGUGCAAACAUCCUGGGACUGAGCCAGUCUGGUCAGGGCUACAGGGAUGCCGGACGUGGCCAGUAUCGGCAAGUUAACUCAGCAUCACUGGGUUCUGGUUUUGCCCGGACCACCGAGCACUACUCCAACUUGGCUCUGGACCUCGGUGGCAGUGUGUGGGAUAUCAUCAAGCUGCGUGAAACCAGCAUGCAGCCAGUCAUGACGUCUGCAAUUGGCGACACCAUUGUUCAGUCCGCAGUGCAGGACUUGGAGACAAUGCGCGGCGAACGUGGUCCUCAACCCAUCCUCAGACCGCCAAGAAGCUUUAGUAACGGACGCUGUUGGGUCGGUGAUGAAUGCAAUUCCUGUGACCAGGAAUAUCACAGCAGCUUUGUUGGGCAGCCAUUACCACAGCUGUGCUGUGCGUACUGUGCAAAGGGAAACGCCACCAUCGUACCCGUCUCUUCUGAUCAGUUUGGAACGUAUACAUGUUCAUGCCAGGUUGACCAAGGAAACGAGAGAGACCGGUGAAGCGUUGUUUCGUUCCAUGUGCAAAACACUAGUUGUGGCUGGCGCAGCAACAUCAAGAUGUUUGACCGCUUGUCCCUGCCAUUCUGCCCAGUUCCGAUCCACAAUACAUCAGUGCCUGAAUGUACAAGAACUUUGCUCUAGUUCGGGUGUGCCGAUGAAACUAUAAUAUUUUUGAUGGACAGCAAUACACAAUGCUGCAUUGAUGGUUUCACUCCUUAUCACCUGAUUAUCAAAGUCGCUGCCUCCGCCAUUGUAAUACAUCCAGGAGGGAAAUGUUCAGCUUUAGAGCCCAAACAGAUUUCUAUAACUCCCUGCUCCAAUGAGGUGAUGAACCAUCCACACCCUCUUAGAACCCAGCAGCUAAUGUUCUGGAAAUGUGUUAUCCAGCGCUCUCAGACCAAAGAGAAGUAUUGUAUUCUGCCAAAUAACCACUGCUUUUCCUCUAACAAUACCAUGCCACGCUAUCUCGCGCUUUCAGACGGUGAUUUUUGUUUUAUGUUGAGCUAUACUACAAGCUCUGUGAAGUACUCCACAGCCUACGGUGA